AUGCGUCCUUUGGGAAGUUUGGGGCCUUUCGAGUUGUGCCAAAAGCGCUUCCUGCGUUCUCGGAAGCGGAGGCGCUAUACGGACCAAAGCGCACAGGAAGAGUGCGAUGUUCUGGUCCUUGUCCUGUCCAAGAACACAGAGCCCAUAGCGUUGUCAGAUUUUCGGGCCGUGAUGCUUGCCACUUUGAGGUCACUGGCACCGAAGGAUUGGGACACGGAGCAUGAAGUGGCAUGGAACUGGUUGUGGGAGAACGUGGAGCGCAUUUUGAAGGGCCAGUUGGGAAAGCCCAAGUCGUUGGAACGUGCGUUGACCCACUUCAUAGCCAGUUGGUCUGAAGAACAGGCCAUGUUCUUCCGCAAGGCCUGCGGGAAGCUGCCGAUGGCGCGGGGUGUGGUGAGGGAGCUCUACAAGCGCUUCUUCGCCUUGGCUCCCUCGGGGCAAGACUUCUUCAAGCAAUCCUCUACGUACUUCCUGGCGGAUCGCGUGGUGGAAAUGACCGUGGAGAUGUUCCGCGAGCCCCGGAAGAUGGUUCAGGAGAUUAGUGGCCUGGGCUUGCGCCAUGUGGGUUGGGGCAUUCCACCCGAGCUCUUCGGGCCCUACACCUCCGGAGCCGUGGAGAGCGUUCGGUCCAUGACCACGGACGACAACACGCAAUCGGCCUUCCGCUUCUCACUGUCACUGAUCGCCAAGAUUCUGGUGCGAGCCGUUUCUGAAGGUUCGACCCUGGUGAUGCGGGCCAUCAACACCAAUCAGGAGAGCGCCAUGAAGAAAGCCAUUGCCAUCGCUCCGCGCGGCAAGCGCGCCAUGGAGUUGUUGAACAUCUCCGUAGGUACGCAGUCCAUCUCUCCUCUCUUUUGGUCCAUUGAGAGUGGCAGCUUGAACAGUGCCAGGGCCAUGAUCGUGGAUUUACUGACGAUCCGUGCGGAUCGUGACGUCUACUACUAUGGUUGCGAUGCCAUGUUCACUCGGCAUCCAGACUUGAUCUUGCGAUUGUGCAACGAUGCGUCAACACUGCUGUGGACCUUGUUCGAUGGGCUCGUUUGGAGGUCUCGGCUGGUGCAAGAUGGCCAACGUCGGGUGAAUUACUACAUCAAGCAUUUGGUGCAGGACUUGGAAGGUAACUUCAGCCCAGCCCUGAAGUGGUUGGCUCACCACAAGGACCCACGGCUGGUGAGCCAUGGCGUGGUGAUGACCUUUGCAGAUUUGCUGUGGAACCGGGUCGCUUCCUAUCAGUUCUUGCUCGGUCGAGGCUAUUUCCUCUUCACUCUCCUGGUCUUCAUUACCAGCCAGUCCUUCCUGGUCCCUGGGGAAGAAAGGCUGUGGCGCAACAUCCUGACCUUCGUUUGCCGCUGCUUUCUCUACUUGGUGUGGCUCUACACCACAGUCUUCCUGGGCAAAUCCUUCUGUCACCCAUUUUCAUUUCGAUGCACCCCACCGCCAUGGCUCCCUCACCGAUGGAUGCACUCAUUCCACGAAGAGUUCGGCCAGCUCGUUUGUCUUGAUGGACCUGAGAUGUCUUCGAAGCAUUUUGAGGCACAGCAAGAUCCUUUCGCUUGGUCUUCGGUGCCACCAUGCGAUCAAUUCGUGUCACAGCUUCUCGAAGUUGAGAGUCCGUCGCCUGAAUGGAGAAGGUUUCCACGUCCUCUGGGUCAAGAUCACUGGCCUCAGGAGUUCCCACACACGUUGACUUCAUCUCCGGUAGCAAAUCGACGAGGCGGUCGUCAAGUAGAUGAGGCAGCAAACCCUGGAGGAUAUCAAAGCGCAAUGCCUUGUAGCCACAGGUCUCGUCGAUGACGCCCUUUCAUUCUUCGGACCUGAGGAC